UGUACUUAUAUUUGUUAUUAAUUAUUAUUAUUAUUCAAUUCAUAGCUGGCUGAGAAGUUGGAAGAAGCUGAGUGUGAAAUUGAAUCGAUGAAACUUAUGCAAGAGCUAGCAGAAGCAACAGUUGCUGCUGAGAUUGCAGCUAAAGGGGCAGCAAUUGCAGAUGAAAUAUACACAGCUCAAAAGGAAAGAGAUGAAGCUGUGAUGGGUCGAUUAAGGUUAGCUAAUGAGGAGAGGGAUGAGGCAUUAGCACGGUGUAGACAAGGAGAGGUAGACAGCUCAGAUUCAGGCACUGAUGUAAAUUCCAACGAGGAAGAAUUUUAUCCAGGCAACAGU